CGUUAAUUACUCUGCUGAUUGGCUGUUUGCUUCCUUUCAUGCUAGCCCAGAAGGAUCUCAUCUCCCACCUCAUUGGGGUUCCAGCUUCAGCCAGCACUGAAGCUUUCCAUGGCGCUGUAUGUGACAAGUUGGGAAGGGACCAGGGCAAGAUGGAGGUGCUCAAGUGGUUUGGCAUGCUCGGAGACAACCCCCUCCCCCAGGCGGACUCCGUCCUGGAAGCUGUCACGAAGCAUUUGGAAGCCAAGCUCCAUUUUGCUUGUUGCUCCUGAAUAUGUGAGACUGCCCAGGAAUGCCAAUGAGAGCCACGUCGAUGCCAGAAGCUUGGCCGUCACUGUCAGUGUGCAGAAGGCAUGAGGAUGAAGAGUGACAGAGGUCUCCCUCAUUACGGUGUGUAUGGCUGGGAUAGCAAAGAGCAUGCUGGGAGCAGUGCUGUCUAGGAGUUUGAUUGAAGUGAACUGCGGCUUUACUCACUCAGAGGAUAAAUGAGUUGGUGAAUUACGAUUCCAAUACAAAGUGAAUGGUUUCUGGGUCUGCCUGGCUGCACCAGGCUCAAGACCGCCUUUGUGUCACCUAAAAACUGUUCAGUAUUUUUUGGGACAUG